AUGCUGCCGCUGCGAUCAUCAUGCCAGGGCGUCAUCACCAACAUAUUCAUGGUUGGAUCCCUCAAACUCCACCCGUUUGACCUCAUUCAGUACAUGAGCGGGUAUGCGCUGCUGCAGAUGGGGCUCGUGCUGGCAGCAAACGGGACGCUCUCCAAUGUGUACAUCCACCUUCGCGACAACGCUCCCCCAUCUACGUAUGCGGCGAUGAUCGUCAACGGAUCAACUGCGUUCUUCCUGAACAUUGUCUCGUUUCUCGCCAACAAGAAGACCUCUCCACUCGCCAUGAACAUUGGCGGCAUCACAAAACAGGUGCUUGCGAUCAUCCUUGGGAUUGUCAUCUUCGCCACGCCAAUGACGGUUUACACAUCCGCGGGCGUCGGCAUCACCAUUGUCGGUAUCGUCUGGUACACAUCAGCAAACUUCAGGGAGAAGCAGGCGCAGCGGGCGAAGCAGCAGGUUGCAGACGACAUGGACAAGCACACGGCUGCACAACAACAGCAACAACAGCUGCCACUGUAUCACAAACCAGACGCCACAGCCACCAACCACACGAAGCAGCAUGCUUCACAAAACUAAGCGACCGCGCCACCCUAUUGUAUAUUCCUCUCACUUGACACAUCUUCCCGUGCAGUGCCCUUUCCUUACUUGCAUCUUGACAUUGUGUGUGUGUGUGUGUGUGUGACAUCGUGUUUGCGUCUGAUUUCCUUCGUUUCUUGGGCAGGCCAGUGUUUCUUCUUUCUUUCUUGUACGUGUAAAUGCAAAAACCAACAACACAAGUAUCCAUCCAUCCAG